AUGUCAAUAGGAAUCACAACUUCUACUUUAACAAAUCCUAUAUGGCUUGUGAAAACUAGAAUGCAACUUCAACAAAGCUCCUCUAUAACUUUACAUAAACCUGUAAAAUAUAAAAAUUCUUUUGAUUGUGUGAUGAAAGUUAUGAGAGAGGAGGGUAUAUCAGGAUUAUAUAAAGGGCUAAGUGCUUCAUAUUUAGGUGUGACCGAAAGUACGAUACAUUGGGUUACCUACGAAUAUCUUAAAUCGAAACUUUCAGAACGAAGAAAGAAACAGAAAACCAUAUCUGGCGAAUCCGUACAACCUUUUUAUUUGCGCAUGUUUGAUAAUCUGCUUGCUGCAGGCUUAUCUAAAUUCGUGGCUGCAUGCAUUAGCUACCCUCAUGAAGUCAUACGGACUCGCAUGCGGCAACUUCCUACAGACGGUGCACCUAAAUACAAUGGAAUUAUUAAAUGUUUUAAAACUAUACUUCGAGAAGAAGGUGUCUCGGCUUUUUAUGGUGGUAUGACUGCACAUAUGAUGCGUGUUGUGCCUAAUGCAGCAAUAAUGUUCUUUUGUUAUGAGUCAAUUUUGCAUUACGGUGAAAGUUUAUAA